AUGUCCCCCCAAAUCCAAGCCCCCAUUACUCAGAGAUUUGGGCUCCCAGGCUCGAUCACCGCGGCAAUCCAAUUUGUGCUUACUGGUCGAGUGCUCGAGUCACCCUUCAUCACCCGACUGGGGUUUCGAUUGGGACAGGGCCUGAAUUUGCAGGAAUCCAUCCAGAAUAUCGGGCCACACACCAUUUAUCGACCAACAAAAGACAAUCUCUAUGUUAGAGAUUACAUCCAUGACAGCCGCUGUGAUUGCUUAAAGGCUGAAUCCCAGGCCGUGGGCUAUGGUUGCACUCGCAGUCAUCGCAACGAUUCAGACUUAAUCCAGGUGCACCAAGGAGUCGUGGGAUCUGCGGAUCAAGUCGUGAAGAAAGCCAGUGAGCGUGACCACUUUGCCAGGUUGCUCGAUAUCAUAUGCUAUGAGAUGGAAGCAGUUGCUAUCAUGGAGACCAUUCCAUGCCUCACUGUGCGUGGUAUCUCUGAUUACUCGGAUGGUCACAAAAAUGAUGAUUGGCAUUCCUACGCGUCAUUAUCUGCGGCCGUUUGCACAAAGGAGCUUUUGAAAACGAUUACAGUACCCUCAUUAUCGAAAUGCCCGUUGGAAGUGACUCAAGACGAGAUUGUGCGAUGGGUUCAAGGUGCUCUUCAUCAAACAGCAGAGCGCAAUCUUAAUACAAUCGUGGAUCGAUAUGGCCUGGUACAAGAGCUGAUUGUCCCGGAGCUCUAUAAGAUGAUUGAGCAAACUGAUCCAGAGACUGACCAACGAAUCCUUGAUUCAGUGGCUCCAUUGGAGACUCUGCAGAAAGAGCUGGGGAAAUGCCUGAACAAGCUUCGCAGCCGGGCCAACAAGCAAGCCAAAAGGCGAGAUAAUAGUGAGGCCAUGCGCGAAAGCUGGAAACUUCUGAGAAAGAGAAUUGAUGAACGGACGCGCUGGGUGAAUGACGUCUCCAAGGCCACUCAACGAAUCCUGUGGAGCACUGCAUCGACCUCGCGUCGCUUUUUCCUCGCGGUUGGCCGCAAAGGCAAUCGCGCCAUUCACGAUGCCGGCCAAACUCUGCAAUAUGCAUAUCGUCAAGCUUUCGAGCAUCUUAAGCUCCUCAUGAACGAAUUCAAGUUUCGUUUUCGUGCCAAUGCGAAAGAUCAGUCGAGGUCACCUCCACAGAAUGGAUCCCCCUUGGAAAGCAUCUCCAGCCGUGAAGAUGUCUCGUCCCAUGUCGAUGGGUUGGAUCCAUAUGUCAAGUCACCUCCCAUUCAGCAUUCUCCAGCUGCGUCAUUUUCUUCAGAGAGAAAUCAUAGUGAUGGUUCAGAAACACAAUCCCCUUUGACGCCCUCACAAUCAGGGCAUGGCUCAAGUGCUCCGGAGCCAAAUUCACCCACAGGUCAAAGUCAACCAUCACAUCCAGCGUCCAUCAAGGGUGCACCAACUAGACCUUCAGCCCCGAACCCAUCGACAACAUCCCCAUCUCAAGUACCACCGACAGCAUCUCCACCCCCGGUACCAUCGAGGUCUCCGCCCCCGACACCAUCAACAUCUUCACCCCAGAUACCACCGACAGAAUCUCCACCCCAGGCACCCUUACCCAGAAGAGGUCAUCGACAUUACACAUCUGAGAAUAUAGACCCAUCGUCAUCUUCUCCUCCCGAGAGACCAAGACAAUCGGUUGAAUACGGGACUGGCACACCCCAACAAGACCAUAUGUUAUUAUCUCCCAGGAAUUCCAUCCAGCCUCAGCCUCAGCCUCCGUCUACACCUAGACCUGUUCAUAAAAGAGAGUCUGAAUCAUUUGACUCCUCUACAAUAUCCACUCCACCCCAAGUGCCAUCUGAGGAUACCCCUGAUACUUCUCCAUCUCGAAGCGUUCGGGACUUGGUUUCACUCUUUCAGACUCCAAAGGGUAUUAUGGGGUGUCCGCCACCGUGAAUAUUAUCAUUGAAUGCUGAGAUUCCACAUAUCAUGUGAAGUCACGGCGCUCGCUUGUCCUUAUGUUGUUUGUUUUUCUCUCUCUCUUGAAGUUGUACAAAUUUUACUAUCAC